CAAAGGGGUCGAGUCUUAUUAUCCAAUAAUGAAGAACCACUAGCCUGCCGUUUUAGUUCUGAUGAUUCAAAGAUUGCAGUUUCAUUCGUUCAUGUUUUCAGAGUAUAUGAUAUAAAGGCUAAUUUUUGGUGCGACAUGAUUGAAGAAGUCUCUUUUGUCCUUUUUGAAUUUUGUUUUGAAACUGAGAUGUUAAUUUAUUGUGAAGACAAUCUUUUAAAGGUGUGGAAUGGAAAAGCUGAAAGACAGUGCACCAUAAAAUUGUCUAUACCAACAGGACAUCCAUUAGCUCUGUCUAGUUGCAAUGGAAUCACUGCCGUUGCCUCAACUUCAGGUGCAGUUCACAUCUUCGGAAUUAAUUUUAAUCUCAUUAAAAGUCUUGAAAUUUGGAGAUUACUUGGAAGUUUUUAUAAAAACAUUGCUGAAGGAACUCCUCAAGAUUUCUCCAGUCAUUCUUUCCCAGUGUUUGAUGUUCACCUAUUUAGUAUGAAAUUUGAAGAAAAUGAAUCAAAGUAUUUUCCGCCAGUAACGUAUAUGUUAGCUAUAACGAGCACAUGUGCUUUGAUUGUGAACAUCAAUAAUGAAGAUGUUAAGUUCGUCUACAAUUUUACAGUGCAGUGCUCAGUGUGCAGUGAAGUUGUUUGUUUGCAUUGA